UUCUCAUAUAGUCUGAGACUCCAUCCAUCACUGUCGGCUGUCAGCACAGAAAGGAGCAAAAACAGAUAGAUGCGUUAGAUAUUUUUAUCGAAUAAUCAUCACUGGCUCAAAUAUUUUUACCAAAUUCCAAGCCAUGGAGUUGUCUGAAAUACUGUACAACAAAGCGGAGUACAUUGAGACGGCUUCUGGCAAUAAAGUGAGCAGACAGUCAGUGCUGUGUGGGAGUCAAAAUAUCGUCCUCAAUGGCAAAACUAUUGUCAUGAAUGACUGCAUCAUCAGAGGAGACCUGGCUAAUGUCAGGGUUGGCAGACACUGUGUCGUGAAGAGCCGGAGUGUUAUUCGACCACCUUUCAAAAAGUUCAGCAAAGGAGUGGCGUUCUUCCCGCUACACAUCGGAGACCACGUCUUCAUCGAGGAGGACUGUGUGGUCAACGCAGCACAGAUCGGUUCCUAUGUCCACAUAGGCAAGAACUGUGUCAUAGGUCGCCGCUGUGUGCUCAAGGACUGCUGUAAGAUCUUAGACAACACUGUGCUUCCUCCUGAGACGGUGGUGCCGCCUUUCACUGUCUUCUCUGGAUGCCCAGGUCUGUUUUCAGGAGAGCUCCCAGAGUGCACACAGGACCUAAUGAUUGAUGUAACCAAGAGCUACUACCAGAAGUUCCUGCCCCUCAGCCAGAUCUGAGAACCACCCUCAGAAACUUCAGCAAGGUCCACACCCUUUCCAGCCAGUUUCAGGUCAGGGUCCUGAAUGUCAGACUGAAGUGGACUCUGAGAGCUCACCUUUUAUCCUUUUUCUCCCAGAGGCCUUGAGUUUCUCUUGCAACAAAAAAAAAACAAUUAUUCCUAUUUAGAGUCCUUAUUUGAUCCUGGUUUUUGAGUUAUUAGUGGAAUCUGAUAUAGCUGCGGAAGGCAUUUUUAUAUGUUUACAGCUCCAGACUGCAGUGAGAGUCUUGAAAAGUCUUUUAAAUCGGGAGAUCCUCUAAGGUGUUGUCACCAAACUGCCCACAGCAUGUGCUCACGUUUACCACCCCAGCUAGUCUGAGAUAAAUCUCCUUAAUGUAUUUCUGUUUCUUAUGAAAGCUUUGAUCUUCUAAUGAAGUAGGGUUACGUGGUCUUAGAUACUUUUUCCUGUGCUGUGGAAAAACUCAAGGUCCUCUACAUGGCUCCUGAUAGUCACAGAGACCUAGAGAAAGAAUGAAGCCCCUUUGUAGGUCGUUGUUGCUCUUUGGCAGCAGCAGUAGGUGAAGAUGAGGAGGUGGAAGAGCUAUGAAAGGAAAGAAGGUGAAAGGUGGAGGUGUUUGAAGAACGUGGGAACACAGCUUGUGAGAUACUGUACAUCAUCCAUGGACCAAAACAGUAGCAACAAAAGUUGUGUUUGAGGAUGUUGGCUGUACAUGUGCAUUUAUCACAUCCACCCUUCAUUUGGGCAACAGAGCAGUGCACUCAGUGAAGAAGUUGUUUUAGUCUCUCAUUUUAUUUUUGAUGUUGAAGACCAUGUGCUUGUUUGCUCUCUCCUUUACUGGCUUAUGUAAUUUAUCAUAAAACUUCUUUAAUGUAGUGUGGAAUUUUAUUUCAGUAUGUUUCAAACAAUCAAAUCAACUACAGCAUUGAUUUGAAUGUUUUAUGGUUGCAGGAUGGCCCUCUUUGCUUUACCUCUGUCAUUUUCUGUGAGCCUACAAUAGCCAGAGCCAACAUGCUAAAUAGUGACGCAAAUAAAUAAAUAUAAAUGCUUGAAAAUCUGAGUGGUAUGAGCUGGACUCUUUGGAAUCUAAAAGGUACCCUGUGGAGUAUUGACCACUAGGAGUGCUCUGGAGCAGUGUUUAAGGGGGUCCAUGUUUUGUUUUGUUUUUUUUUCUGAAAUGUGUAUUUACACAAAGUUGAGUCAGCAUUUAUGGAUGUUUUACCAGGAAGGAAAUACAUUCUACUCCUGAAGCCUUCAAGGUUACACACAGUGCGUUGUGGUAAGAAGACUGAAUGUAAACAUUUUGUUUGUGUACAAGAAGAUUCCAUAGAGCCCUUGUAAGCUAGUAGCUAGCACUUUUAAAGGUGCCCUGUGGAGUUUUCUCAUAAACAAACAAAAGCUGUGUAUAUGUUCAGUCUUGCUCUCCAGAGCACAUUGUGUUUAUCCUAGAGGUCUAACAAAUGUGUUAAAUGCAUUUCCUUUCACAUGAAACAUCUGCAAAGGUGAUUUUUCAAAAGUUUGAAUCUGACCUCAUUUACAUCCUUGUUUACAAGUUGAAUUGUGUGAAACCUUAUCGAGCUACCCAUGUGCAUGAGUGUCCCCCACGAGACAAACAGAAUGGGGACCUGCUCAUAAAAAGACUCCAUACCACUGCUACCUUCCCUGGGUACCUUUAAGACAGUAGAAAGGCUCAGAGACAGAAAGAACUUGACAGACUCAGGACUGAGGUUACACUACGGUAUGGGAACAGGAUAACAAACUUGUGUAGGCUUGUCUUUCUACAUUUCUUCAUCAGACACUUUACAUUGAGAAAAAAAUCGUUCUAAUGCUGUCCUCUGGCACCAUCUAGUGUCCUGUAGCAGAGCUUCUUAGAGAAAUGUUGACCCUAAUCUUUUCAGGUCAUUUCUGUUGACCUUCAAUAGCUCAGUCCAGAAACGGAGUCACCACAAACUGACUCUGUGCCUUGAGGGCAAUAGGAGGACAGAAACAAUAACAGACCUGCUUCACGGUAUUUCAAAUGCAUGACUCUUAUUUGAUUUCACUCACCUUAAAUAUCAAUUAGCUCAAUGGUCUGUGCAGGGAAAACCAAUGAGAUGGUUGGCAUAUUUCUGUUUAUUAAAUACCGAAAGCU